AUGACCAAGCCAAGUCCAGCACCGCACAUCCUGCAUCUCCCAGAUGAACUGCUGCUGCAAAUUGCCCAUGAUCUCUCACUCGCCACGCUCAAUUCGCUGAUCAAAACAUGCCGGCGCGCGUUCAAGAGCCUCACCCACCAGCUCUACGCCCGAGCGCUCCGAGACGAGCCCCGCCGCCGAUCUAAUGGCCACCCGUCCCUUGCUAGCAAGAUCGGUCGCAUCGGGAGUCCAAACGCCGUGCAUCACUGCAUGGAACACCGGUUCCUAGGCGAUGAAGAGGGCCGGGUGUUCUGGGCCGAGUGUCUGCGCGAGGCGGCAGCAAAUGGGCACGCUGACGUGGUGCGGCGUCUGCUAGACGCGGGUGUCGAGCCCGACAGACCAUCAGGGAGUCCCAUCGCAUGCAGACCAAUUUUCACAGCAGCCGAAAACAACCACGUUGAUAUCGUGGAGAUGUUGUUGGCGGCCGGCGUGCAACUUGGUCCGCCGGACGACGUGAGAGACUGUCCGCUCUACGCGGCAAUGGUGCGAUCGCCCCGUCCGAAUAUGGCCUUGGUCCAAAUGCUUCUUGAACAAGGGAGUUACCCGACGGCUCAUAUUACUACUUUGCUCUACGCUGUGGCUGGUUCUGGCAGAGCGGACAUGGUGGGGCUCAUGCUCGAUAUCGGGGCGGAGAUUGACGCGCGCGACGCAGAGGGACGGACGCCGCUGUGUCUGGCGAUCGAGCAGGGUCACUACGACACGAUCAGAAUGCUCCUACGACGUGGCGCGAGUGUCACAAAUGUGGAUGAUAGAGGAGCCACGCCGCUCUGUCUCGCGGUCGAAAACAAGGAGACAAACACUGCGGCUGUUGUCAAGCUUCUCGUGGAGCACGGGGCGGAUCCCAAUGAGCGAUACCAAGACGACCACACGCCACUGCAUGUAGCGACCAACGUCGACGGGGGCAAGGGUGAGAUUGUCCUAGCUCUGCUUGAACUUGGUGCCGACUGGCGCGUCACAAGGGGCGACGGGAGUCUGCCCCCGUUGCUGAAUGCAAUGCAGAGUUGCAGCGAACCGUGUGGCAGUAUCCAGCAUCUGAUUGACUAUGGCGCCGCCAGUUAUCCACUACACUACACACCCGGUCUGCUGUACUGGGCGGCGAGCUUGGGCUACGACGAUAUCGUAAAGCGAUACAUAGAACACAUGGGAGACGUUGAAGCAGGCUUUGUCAACGACCGGCAAAGUCCCACCAGGGUGAUAUUCCGAGCCGUGGCGAGAGGCCGCGAAGCGCUGCUAAAGAUGAUCCUACCGUUCGUAACCGACGUCGACUGGAAAAGCCGGAUGCACGGGUCCGCCGUCACAGAGGCUGCACGCAUUGGGGUCGGAGGAGUCUCUUCGGCUGGAAGCUGCAUGUGUCGGAGGGUGCCGGAUAUUGACGUUAUUAAUUCACUCAGCGAAACGCCAUUGAUAGUCGCUUGCCAGGAGAACCGCGUCGAGGUAGCCGAGGAGCUUCUGAAGCGCGGCGCAGACAUUGAGGCCAAGCACAUUCCUUCCAAGCGGACGCCGCUGACUAUUGCCUGUGAAAUGGGGUUUGAGCAGCUGGCCAGAAUGCUGCUCGCCCACGGGGCCAAUCCGUACUCCCAAUACUACGGCCGGCCAAACAUCGCCAUUGCUGCAUCCCAUGGACACACUGGUAUUGUGAAGAUGUUGAUUGAGCACGGCGUGCCAGUAGAUCUGACCAGCAACAUCCUACAAACGCCGCUGAUUGUGGCGGCCAAGACAGGGCAUGCAGAGGUUGUCGAUGCUCUUCAUGGGGCAGACGUUGACCAUGUCGACAUCACAGGCCGAAGUGCACUUUCGUACGCUGCCGAGGUCAAGGAAGGACGUACUAUCCAGUGCCUGCUGGAAAGAGGAGCAGACCCUGACUUGCUUGAUGUUCAGGGACGGAGUCCGUUGAGUUGGGCUGUGCUCGCAGGUAAUAUUGAUGGGAUAACUAUACUCGUCGAUGCUGGGACAGACAUCGCCAAAGGUGAUAAGAAAGGCCAUACUCCGGUUGGCCACGCAAUGAGGCUGAGAGAUGAAAAGGCCAUUAAGAUCUUAUACCAGAGGUACUCUAAGUGGUGA